GGAGGAUCAUCUCUCCCUUGAGUUGACUUUGCCGUUUUAGGGAGAUUAGAUCCAGCUUUCCGCAAACCCACCAAGACCAGAGCAAAGACUGGAGAGGAGACGCCAGGAGCUGAAAUCUGUACCAUCAGUCGGCGGCUCAUGGCCGGUUCCUUGUAGCGGAGCGGCUUUUUCUUAUUUCGGGUUUGUGCGCUUGGCACCGUGCGCAGCUUUCUGUGACUCCAAAGGGAAACCAUAUCUGGUCAAAGUAUUCGUAGCUGUCAUCCAGCAGAGCCGACCGGCUAUUAAUAGCGGCGGAGGAGCUGCGUUGGAAUCCCUGAGAAAACUUGAACAGUUGGCUGCCAUUAUCAUUGUACCUCUGAAUUGGGGAUCAUCAAGGGUUGCAGUUCAUCAUGUCGUUGUUAAAGAAGGAGAUGGACAAGUACAGGGACAUAGACGAGGAUGAACUGCUACAAAAGCUCUCGGAAGAGGAGCUGCAGCGGUUAGAGGACGAAUUAGACGAGCUGGAUCCUGAUAACGCCUUAUUGCCGGCGGGUCUUCGACAGAAGGACCAGACUAAGAAAGCACCAACAGGAACGUUUCAGAGAGAAAACCUGCUGGCUCAUCUGGAAAAACAGGCCACUGAGCAUCCUGACAGGGAGGACCUGGUGCCGUUCACUGGCGAGAAGAGAGGGAAAGCUUUUGUUCCUAAAAAGAGGGUGGACCCCAUCAUAGAGAAUGUGACACUAGAACCAGAGCUGGAGGAAGCCCUGGCCAGUGCUUCUGAUGCAGAACUCUGUGAUAUCGCAGCUAUCCUGGGCAUGCACACCCUAAUGAGUAACCAGCAGUACUACGAAGCUCUGGCAAGCAGCACCAUAGUCAACAAGCAAGGCCUCAAUAGUGUGAUUCAGCCCACCCAGUAUAAACAUGUCCCUGAUGAGGAGCCCAACUCCACUGAUGUUGAGGAAACGCUGCUGAGGAUACAGAAAAACGACCCUGACUUGGUGGAAGUUAACCUCAACAACAUAAAGGUUAGAAUGUUGUAUCAUUUUAAUUAAAACUAAAUACAAUACAUUUGGAAAA